UAUCACUAAUCUCAUCACAACAUGCUUCACUUUUAAACAGUUGGGCAGUGCGGCUGUUGAGAGAGAGUUUCGUAAAAAUGGACGCUUUUCAGAGUCACAACUAGAUAAAAUUUCAUUACGAGAGAAAGGUGAUCCUCUUAAUACAAAGAGGCUAGUAGCACUACUGAAGCAUCUUUAUAUUGUUGCUGGUCCUAUGAAAGAUAAAGCUGGUCAAAAAACUGUCAAUUAUUACUUUAUGCCUUGUGCUUUAAAACCAGCAGAUGUGGAAAGAGAGGAGAGAGAUGGGUCAGUUAGUCCAGCUCCUUUAUUGAUAUGUUUUGAGUGUGGGUAUACUCCUGUUGGUGUAUUCUGUUGUCUAGUAGUGUAUCUUCUAGAUCAGAAGACAGACCAAGUAUUGGAAUGGAAGUUAACUGGUAAUGAUCAAUAUCGUAACAGGAUUACCUUUCAAGUUGGUCAAUACUAUGAUACUGUUACCUUAAUCAGUCGUGCUACUUAUCUUGAAAUUUGGGUUCAGCAACAAAUGAGUCCCUCACUAAAUGAUCUUAGUGAUAAGAUAUUGUCAUCAUUACACAAAGGACUGGACACAGUCACACAAUCACUCCAUUACACUUACAAGUCAAAGCAUAUGUUUGGAGUACCAUGUACAUGCACUGGAGUACCUCAUCCUGCUGUAAUAGAGCAUUGUUCAGAAGGAGCUAAGUGUACUAAUGGUAACUUAUUGAAACUUGGUGAGAAACAUUUGUACUGGUCCAAGAAGGUUGUUGAUCUGAAUACUGGAGCUCAAAAAUCUAACAAAAGCCAACCAUCUGGUAAUGUAGCUACAGAAAAUGAAAUUCUUCCAGAAAGUAUUUUUCAAAGCCACUUAGCUGAUAUUACUAAUGCAAUUUCAUCAGAUGUUACACGUGUUGCUGUUGAUCUUUGUACUAAAUUUUUACUACCCACAUCUUUAAAGAAUGAUCUUUCAUCGCUUCUUGGUGUAUCUGACUUUGACAAAGCUAACAAGAUCACUAGCUAUAUUCACAAGCAUAUAAUAUCUAAUUCUACAGUUGAAGCUGCUGAAUAUCUCACCACUGUUUGUAAUGUGUUGUAUCAAAGAGAUGACAUGAGAUUAAGAAAAAUUAUUGCUGAUAUCUGUAAGGAAUUAGGCAAACCAAUUCCAAAAGGCAACAAAAAAACUAAAAGUAAAUCUUAUGCUAGUAAGAGAGUACAUGGUACUGCAGGAGGAAGACAACCAAAAGAUAUGCAAGGAGAAAUGUCAGUAAAUAAAAGGUUAAAAUUAUCAGAACUAUCUGUAAUUGAUGAUGAAUCACAAUCUUCAAACAAUACUAGUAGUGUAUUGGGAGUUAAAAGACACAGUGAAGAUGAAUCCUCUGAAUCUGUUUUAACAAAUAAGAAACAAAAAUUUAUCCAAAGCUCGUCAAAUGAAGUCAUCAGUUUAUUGUCUGAUGAUGAUGAUGUGCUAAUACUUGAUCCUCCUUCUCCUUUAGAUAAAGGAUAUGGUAAAAGAUCAACUGGAAAUAAACCACACAGAAGAAAAACUGGUUCCAAGAAAUAAUGUACUAAAUGUUAACAAAAUAAUACUCUUCUACUUGGUAUAACAUGAUCCUCCUGUCACUUAUAAUACACAAUCCCUUGUCAUUAUACUUUUGUCACUUAACAUUAAUUUUUUGUUUAUAAAUCAUAAAACAAUACAAUUUUGACAUUAAAAAUAUUAAAUAGAUAUCAUUAUAAUCAUAAUAGUCAUUUCACAAAUCAUUUCUUGAAGGAGGAACAAU